AUGAGUUUUCAUCUUGAGAAACUUAACAGGGGACUCACGCGGCUGGCCAGUGUGCGUCAGUACCCGGUCGCCAAGAAGCAAUACGUGGCGAAGCAGACAAAAGGUCGCGUUUUCCGCGUCGGGGUGCUGCACAAAAAGGAGCUGACAGAGGCAACCCUGUUGCGUAAUCGGCGCGGGUUCAUUAAUGCACAGCUCAAUACCGUUGCCCAUGCCCCCUCUCUGUACCACUGGCUCUUUCAUCGGUGCGGUAUCCCCUUCGCCGAGACGCACGCACUAGCAAAGAGCGGCCGUUUGAAGGUGGAUGACGUGGUCGUAUCAAGCGCCAGUGACCUCGAGAGCCAACUGAGCUGGGAGACGUUUCAGCAGCUAGAUAUCCAGAUCUGCUCCUCUCUCCCAACACUGCAGUCGAGCUCGUCGACCAGCACAGGCAUACCGGAAGCCCCGGGCGCCACUCAGGGACCCUGGGUACCUGCGCUCAAGCGUGCGCUGCACCGUACCUACGCCUUUAUCUAUCUGCAUGCUGGUGUGUCCGUCUCCUCGGAGGAGAGUGAGCCUCGCAGUUUUGUGCACAGCAUGGCUCCGAUCAUGGGCACGGACCCAAGUGCGCUGCUCGGGCUCAAUGUGCUCCGGCCGAUAGGCUUCCUGAAUGGCAUGAAGGGCAUUGGCGUUGCAACCAACGACGUCUCUAUGGUGCGGUACUGGAACAAUGAAAGCCUCGGCAACUUUGGCGUGUACGACGUGCGCUUUCCUCGCGGAACUCCGCUCGAGGUCGUGCGAGAAGCUGCGAAGGAUGUCGAGUCGACGCUGCAGGCAAAGGUGCAGUCUCAGCUCUCGACGGACAUCGGCGUGUCGUGCUCGUGCGUGUGCUGUCCUCCACCUUUGCCGUCACGUGACACCGUUGCAAACCGGCUGUUCUCCGCAAUGCCGCUACUCACUGAGGAACGACUGCUUGUCACCACGCCUCUGCUGCCGUAUCGAGUGGCACGCAGACUCCAGCGCAAUGGUGCGGUGGUCUCUCUCGUACGGAACGGUCCGUUUGUCUUGCACUCCUCGCUGGUGCAACAGAGGCUGCAGCCCUGCAGUGCUACCGAUCUGGCGCUUCUCUUCACCUUUGAGCGCCGCUUGAAGACAAACCGCAUGGUGCUGAGUCUCCGCGAGUUUGACGUUGACAAGACUUAG